AUGGACCCCAUGCAUUCUCGUGCCCAAUCUCCCUCUCAGUUCCCUGCCUCACGUUCCAAAUACUAUCGUCCUUAUUUCACUUCCGAAGAAAUCCACAUCCUUUCAGAAAAACAGAAAGGCAAGCUCAGUGUUACCCAAGAAGACAAAGUCAGACAAACAGCUUGUGGGUUUCUCGAGGCGCUGGGAUCACGAAUGGGCUUGUAUGUUCUCAAGAACUUCCCAGAAGAACAGUGGCGACUGCACAGAAUCUUUACCACCGGUUCCAUCUGUUCUUUCCUCGAAAAGACUUCAACUAUCAUGCAAGAAUCUUCCACCGAGAUGCCAAAUGACAUGCAGCUCAUCCCUUUCUUCCACAGAACGCUUGUUCCUAUCCAGUAUACACCAGUCACAGUAGCACUCUCAAGCAUCUAUCUCGCAUCCCUGUUACUAUCAUGGGAACAGCCCGAAUCUCCUCGUCAGGAACCAGAUUCAUCAAGUGCGCACGACUUGCGAGACCAACUUCAUCGUCACGGAGACUGGGAGCGACGAUUCCAAACACACGUUGAAGACUUGGAUGUCAUCGCUCAUGAAAUGCUGGACCUCCUCAUUCAAGCCGCUCAAAGUCCUUCUGCUAACACGUCUCCCCGUACUCCUUCCUCUCCAUCACCCCAUCCAUCGCCUCGAAAUCAACACUUAUCUUCUACCGCCCAAGCCGUAGAACCUCUUCCCUACAAUGCUGAUCAGCUGCUACGGUUGAAGAUACACCUGAGGGAGUCAGAGCACCACCCUCGAUACCGUUACAGUCUUGACCCUAAUGGCAUCGACGAUGCAUCAGAGGCACUAGGGAAGAACGAAGGAACUGUUAGGUUCUUAUUCGGACCUCCAGGUAUCGUCGGGCAGGGGAUAUAAAUUUGGAGCAGUAUUUCAUCUUGUGGCGCGCUUGGCGUCUAUGUAGCACUGAAGUUGCAUCAUGUGUAUCUGCAAUUUCUUUUCAAAUAUCCGAGGGUCCAUAUCACGGUCACCUGAUUUGGUUCUGCUAGAAUGAAGAACAUUUGCGACGUGCAACUCUACUCCUUACUAGAGCUAUGCCGGUUGUCCUACUGCGUGUCCGAUUUCCGUAUUAGUGGUGU